AUGAUCACGUUCUGGAUCCUGUGGCAAGGAAACAACCUGUACGUGAUGAAUCCUCUCACAAACAGCUUCAAAAGCACGUUGGCCAAAUGGAAAACCUUGAUCUCAUACACGGUGUUCACAAUGUUUUGUAAAGUGGCAUUACAGCUCGUAGGUUGUGUGUUUCUGGAGUGGUUUUAUGAUAGCACUGGCAUACAUGAAUCUAUGAGGUGUACAGUUCGGCAGCUAUUCAGUAUUGUCUGUGUGAACUCAGUUGUACAAGCUCGUAAACUAAUUGGAGCCGACCCGUUGUUCCCCAAAGAAACGGAUUUGGAUCGUAUGUGCACGGUGAUUCCGCAAGAAGCUCAAAUAGGGUUCGAUGCAAUCGCUUUGGGAUUCCUCGUGUUUCAACUUCGCGUCUUCCACUCGUGGUUCUUCCAGCAUUGCAUGGUAGAGUAUCGAUCGGAGAUUAUUCUAGCAAAUAGAGGAGCAGUGCUAAAGAAUCAGCUGAUUGAGAAAGAAAUGAAAGAGCAGAAUGAGCAACAAAAGGCGAAGUUCAACGAAAUUCUUAACCACGGUGAAGACGAUGAUGAGGACGAGGAACAGUUUUACUACCACUACGCGACGACGCCACCCGGUUCGAUGUCCUCUGUUCGCAGCUUUGAGCUUCCAGUCACUUCUUUCGUUGCAUCAAAAAUCAUGUCACACACACAUCUUGACCACGUUAUCCCUGCACUUCUCUUCUGUGCUCUUCUGAAUGCUAAGAUCAUUCAGCUUUUCGAGUGGUAUGAUUGCUUGUAG